AUGUGUUCUCUGCCGCUUCAACUACUUCUCGCUAUUUUUCUACUUAAAAAUAGCGAUGGUCAAGAAAUCACUUUCAAAAAUGUGACAAUUAAAUAUACAACCGACAGCAAAAACGAAUUAAAAGUUGCCACUGCCGAAAGUUUGAAAAAAAUCGUUCCUAGUGGAGAAAAAGUGUCAGUGAAUGUUAAUGGCGACGUUCCCGUUUUAUACGAACAAUCAAUUUAUGAUCUACAGAAUUUGAAAUCUCUGGAAAUAACUGAAGUGAGUUUGAAAGAAAUCAAACCGGGAGCCUUUGGAAACUUACCACUUUUACGAAAUUUGGAUUUAAGUAAGAAUAAUUUAACUGAAAUCAAAAGUGGUACCUUUAGCAACCUAAACCUGACCGUGAUAAACUUGAUGUUUAAUUCAAUCAGAUCUCUGCAAGCUGGAACUUUCAAGAAUGUCGUCGUUCAAGAACUAAAACUCAGUGCCAAUUCACUUACUGAAUUUCCACGUGGCAUUUUCGAAAAUGUGACACUCAAAAGCUUGUACCUGAAUUCUAACCCCAUUCACACUAUAUCACCAAAAGCAUUACCAAUUUCGUUGAAAGAUUUGGAUCUGUUUUACGCCCAGCUUGAAUCAAUCGAUCCAGAAAUUUUUGAUUAUCCUGAAUUAACAUCACUGAUUUUGGACCACAACCAAAUCAAGUUUUUGCGACCUGGAGACUUGAAAAACUUGCCCCGAUUAGAGGACCUAACUCUUUCUUACAACAAAUUGACAGAAAUUCCAGAGGGGGUUUUCAACAAUACCAACAUCAUGAAUUUGAAACUGAAUUACAACCAAAUUUCCACAGUUGCGACGAAAGCUUUUGACGAUAUGCCAAAACUCGAGUGGUUGGAUAUUUCGAAGAAUAAGCUAACUUUGUGGGACAAUAACUGGUUACCUGGAUCACCAGAACUGUUUCUUUUCUUCGUUGAUGACAAUCAAAUUACCGAAAUUCCAGACGAGGCCUUCAAGAAUUAUAAUGGCGUGUUUCUUCUUAGUAUUGAGAACAACAAAAUUUCGAAAAUUUCAAUGAAAGCUUUUCAUAAUUUGGGGCAUAUUCGCUUCUUGAGUUUGGCUUCUAACGAACUUGAAAGUUGGAAUCCAGACUUGGUGGCUAACGUUAAUAUUGGUGAAAUUGAUGUUAGCAAGAACAAAUUCAAUUCAGGAAAAGGGUCUGGAUAAACAUUUCGGGGAUCUCUUUGACGAAUAAUUAUAUUUUAAUAAAACUUGGUUCAAUAAAUUUACAAUUACUAUGUU